AUGGCUGAUCUUAUGAACAUAAUAGCUCGUUUACGCGAGGCAACAUCAACUGCAAGAAAAGAAUGCGAUAUUCAGAUAAAUAAGACUGUUAACGACAUGACCAGGGACCUGAAGGAUAAAAUAAUAAAACACAGAGAUUUUCAAAUUAAAUUAAUAGAAGAGUCAUCCAAUAAGUCAAAGAAGGAACUUGAAGAAAUGAAGAAGGAAAAUUAUGAGGCCAAGAUUAAUUUUAUAGCCAACAAAUACAAGAAAAACAGAGUUAAACAAAGUAAGAAUUUUAGAAAUUAUUUUAAAUUAGACCGGGUUAACAAAAAGGAGCUGGAACACCUUGAAAAACAGCUAAAGAAAAAACUUAUAGAGGUGGCAAUUAAAAUUGAUAUGAUAAUUCAGAAAAUGAAAAGCUGUAGAGCAAUAAUGCAAAAGCCUGAUGAAACUCUAAUAAAAAUUAAUAAAAUGCUAAGUGAAAUAGAUAACACAUAA